AUGCCGUGCUUCAAAGGGCUCGCCGUGAGCAUCCAUACCCCGGAUGGUCCCAUCUCCGAAUACUCCAUUCAGCGCCAGUCCCGAGCUUCGCGGAUAGCUUGCUUCAUCCCGGUGCCCCCGCCCAAAGUCCCCGACUCCGCCAACGGCAAGGCCGAACAAUCCACCUUCGCCAUUUCGAUCACCCUGCUCAAUCCCGGCCAGGAUGUGCCUUACUCCACCCCCAAACCCACACCCGAUAGCCCGUCCCCCAAGCCGAAGGUCGUCGGAGGCCUGCCAGGCCAGACCGGCGAGCGCGGCCAGUAUUCCGGGGCUGUCGCGCCAUACCAGGCGUUAACCAACUCUCCGAAUGAAACGGUGGCAGCGUACAUUUACUUUGAUGGCAGACAGAAGGAAGAGGUUGCUACAUUGCUGCGAAGAGGGGAGGAGACCUGGGUGAACUCGCGUUGGGUCAGCGUGCCCGACUCCGAGGGCGGCGGCAUUGCUGAGCGCGAAUUCCUGUUCCGCGAAGUCGGACUGGAGCGCUGGCUAAAUGGGUUGGAUCUGGAAGGCAAGGACGCUGCAGCCAAGAUUGAGCGGCGGCGACAGAAGAUGGAGAAGCGUCGCGCGAAGCGCCAGGAGGAGGGCCAGGGCGCAAUGGACAUGGAGGCGAACGCCUCCUCGAAACCCAAGAACAUCAUGCGCUAUGGAAACGAUGAGAAGGACCCGCUAGAGAACGUCUCCGACGAUGAUCUGUCUUCGGACUCCGAUGACGACGACCCGAUCCCUGAGACUGCUGGCCAGAUCAAGGUCGCCCUGUUCCGCGUGUUGGCAUCCGGGGAGAUCAAGCGCGGUGAAUACUCGCCGCAGUUCGACGCACACGACGAUGACGAAGGAGGUGGUGACAAUAGUGGAGGAGAUGCCGAUGUUGACCAUACGACGAGCUUCGCGAAGCCCAAGACGUUGGAUCCGAAGACCAUCAGCACACAAACUGUCACGGGUAUCGACCCGACUGAUAAACCCUACGCGACAUUUACAUUUAUGUAUCGUGGCGAACGCCAACUGCAAAAGAUGGGCAUCUGGAAGGAUCCCAAGGUACAAGAAACGCCUUCGGCGAAGAGGAAAUCACUACAGGCGGACUUUUCCAGUCUUGGACCCCUCAAGCCCGGAGGCACCGUGGGAUUCUUGAAUUUCCGGGACCAAGAAUCUGGACGCAAAGGCAAGAAGGGCGACGAUGAAAUGGACAGCGAUGACGAUGACAACGAUAACCCUAUCCUGGGCAAGGCCGAUGAUGAGGAGGACAAAGAAGACAACAAGUUCCUGUCUCCCGACGACAUCAAGCGCGAAGGAGAGCUGGAAGAGGGUGUUCGCAAGAUUCGCCUCAAGCGACAACACUCUGCAGAGCCGGGUUCAAGCAACGCCGAGAACUCUGCCAGCACCCCGGCCUCUGGAACUACGCCCCCUGCCGCCGAGCGCUCCAUCACUCCACCGAAAACGACUACGGACACGGAGACGCCCGAAAAGACUCAGCCCAGCACCGACGCAGUUGAUGGCUUCCUGGGUAGCCCGUUGAAGAAGCAGCGCGCGAGCGUCUCAACAGCCGACGAGAAUGCCCUGCGGCGUCGUAUCGCAGAGUCCUCCGGUCGUAUUAACGAAGCGCUGGGAACGGGCACGACCGAGAACAAGACCGCCAGCACCGGGUCCCUUGGCGACAAGCUGGACCAGGCACCGGCCGGGUCGGAUAAUAUUGACGAGGAGCUGUGA